CGCUGCCCUCUCCGUGUUAUGAAUUAUGUAAUUAAUGUACCAAUGUUACUUGCAUUUGAAGGAUUCCGAAUGAUUUCUAAAUUCGUUAUUAUUUAAACUGUCGAAGAGGCAAGCGUUAUUUAUUUUUUCCCCUUGUAUUCUGCACAGCCGCUGUCUGUUUCUCGUCGGACGGAUAAAGGAACGGAAACUAAACAGCCACGUAGUAAAAAGGCGAAGCUGUCCGAAAGGUGGUCUGAGAUAAACAUACUCCUUGGCACAGACAUGUUCCUGGGUAGACCCUCUUUGCAAUAAAGCACCGGCAGUACUGUGACUGUUACUCUUCUCAGUGGAUGUGGAUAGCGGCCAAUCGGACGCUGUUGAGAUGGACACCAGUCAAGAAAACCAAGUUAUGAGAUGCAAGGAGGAGGGAGACACCACUGUGGGAUGUAACACAACAUUAAAAAAAGGGCUGGAGACCAUCCAAAAAACACAGGAUAUUCUAAAUGCUCCCCAGGUGUGGCUGCUUAUCCCCCCGUGAUGGUAGAGAAGGCUGAGGGGUCUAGUUCUGAGGUCACGGUUCACAAGGGUGAUGCUUUGCAGUCCCUCAAACUCAGUAUGCCUAUGCAGGAGACUGAACUGUCCAACCAGAAGCCGUCUCUGGAGAUGGAAAACGAGGAAAAGAUUCGGCUGGAGGCCCGCCGGCGUCUGGAGGAGCAGCUCAAACAGUACAGGGUCCAGAGACAGAAGGAGAGGGCUCACCGUAGCAGUACUAAAAGCAGGCCCUUCAGUACUCUGGAUCCUGAACUAAUGCUGCAUCCGGAGGCGCUACCACGGGCCAACACUCUUGCCAUGACCAAGGAGUAUUCUUUCCUCAGGACCAGCGUUCCACGUGGCCCCAAACUGGGGAGCCUGGGAAUCCCCCCUUCAAAGGACAAGAAACCCAGAUCACCACGUCCCAGUAAAAUUCAUUCGUUGGCAGACUACAAGUCUCCUGAGAGUGAUGGAGGGGGAGGGAGCGGCGGAGGCGGUGGUAUCACCACGUCAGAUGUCAGCCAGGGCUCCCUUCGGUCCUCCAUCAGCUCCGUGUCUACCCUGUCUGAAGUCAACACGUCAGAGAGCAGCACCUGUGAGACGGACACAAAGACUAGUUCUUCACUUCAGCUCAGUGACAAUCUGUCAGAAAUCGAUGGCAGUGAGGCAGGAGCAAAGCCGGGGAACGAUGGCAACGACAGUGACAGCUCUUCCUACAGCAGCGUGUCCACAAGGGGAACCUACGGCAUGCUCUCUGCCGCAGUGGAAAGGCAACAAGGGCCGUACACGGUGGAGGGGAGGGAGAUUGCCCCCGAGGCCAUGGGUCAGUUCCCGUCUCUACAGGAAGUGCUUCAGGCAGCAAGCGAUGAGCAGCAUCUGCUGGAGAUGGAGCAGGAGAGGGAAGGGACGGCAGAGCCCCGCAGCCGGAGGGACAGCUUCUCCAGCAGUGUUUCUUUGGAGAGUUCAGUGAUGGGUCACGAUGAAAUGCUGCAGGUGCUAAAAGAAAAAAUGAGGCUUGAAGGGCAACUGGAAUCCUUGUCAUCUGAGGCCAGUCAGGCUCUCAAAGAGAAGACAGAGCUUCAGGCCCAGCUUGCUACAGUGAACGCUCAGCUGCAGGCUAAAAAACAAGAGGCUGAGAGCAGCCAGGAGAGGCAGAGCGCUCUCACCACAGAGGUCGGCACGCUGCGACAAAACUGCAGCCAGCUAGAGAAGGCCAUGGUGGAGCUCCAGGGCAGCUUGGAGAGCAAGAACGCCAGUUUGACUUCUCUAAGCAAUGACCUGAAAGUUUCUGAAGAGCAGUACAACAGGCUGAUGGCGAAGGUCGAAGAGCUGCAAACCACUAUGACUUCGAGGGACAGCGCGGUUCACGACUUGCGUCAGCAGAUGGGAGGCCUUCAGAGUCAGCUACAGCAGGUCCAGCUGGAGCGCAACACCCUGCAGAGCCGACUGAAGACCUCACAGGCGGAGAUCGACUCCCUCCAGCAGGUCAGGCAGUGGUACCAGCAGCAGCUGGCUCAGGCUCAGGAGGCGAGGGUGCGACUGCAAAGUGAAAUGGCCAACAUGCAGGCCGGGCAGAUGAAUCAGUUCGGUGUCAUGGAACAUCUGAAGCUGGAAAACGUGACACUUUCCCAUCAGCUGACCGAGACCCAACACCGUUCCAUUAAAGAGAAAGAACGCAUUGCUGUACAGCUGCAGAGCAUUGAGGCAGACAUGCUGACCCAGGAGGCUGCCUACAAGCAGAUCCAAGAUGCCAAAACCAUGGUGGAAGACGAUCUGCAGCACAAACUGGAGGAGUUUGAGGAAGAACGAGAGCGCUUGAUAAAGCUCGCUAACACAGCCACAACCCUGGAAAGGGAACUUGAGCAGGUGAAGGUAACACUUUCCCAAAAGGACUUGCAGCUGCAGUCCCUUCAGAAGGAGCAUCUGGAGUUGAUGCGGCAGCUGACAACGACUCAGGAGAACCUCCAAACCAAAGAGCAGUCCAUCAACCAGCUGGAAGCCAGAUACCAGGAGCUGGAGGCGCAGCUGGCCGAGCUGCAGACGGACGGCGCCGCUAAGGACGACACCAUCCAGUUUCUCCAGAACGAGAAGAUCGUCCUGGAGGUGGCGCUACAGGCAGCCCGGGCCGAUAAGAGCCAGCUGGAUGACGGAGCCGAGCGGCUGGGCGAGGACGUUCUGGCGGCCUCCGAAGUACUGGACCAGCUCAGACAAGAAGUCCAGAUCAAAGCCAAUCAGAUUGAGACUCUACAACAAGAAAACAACUCCCUGAAGAAACAAGCCCAGAAAUUAAAGGAGCAGUUCCUGCAACAAAAGGUGAUGGUGGAAGCGUACCGCCGGGAUGCCAGCUCAAAGGAGCAGCUCAUUAGUGAGCUCAAAUCCACCAAAAAGCGUCUGAUAGCCGAAGUGAAGGACCUGAAGCAGGAGCUGCUAAGCGUCCACGGCGAGAAGCAGAAAGCGGAGCUGGAGCAGGCCCGGUUACAGAAGGAGGUCGCCAGAGUCCAGGAGCAGAUGAGCAAUAUGGAGGCCCACCUGCAAGCCAUUCAGACGGAAAGGGAUCAGCUUGAAACCCAAAUUCAGUCUCUACAGUUUGAUCAGAACCAUCUAGCCGCAGUGACUCAAGAGAACGAGAGCCUGAGAAAACAGGUGGAGCAAAUGGAGGGGGAAGCCAAAAAGGCCAUCUCAGAGCAGAAGGUGCGCAUGAAGAGGCUGGGAACAGAUCUGACCAGCGCUCAGAAGGAGAUGAAGGCCAAACACAAAGCCUACGAGAAUGCUGUCGGCAUUUUGAGCAGAAGGCUCCAAGAGGCUCUGACUGACAAGGAGACAGCAGAGGCGGAGCUGGUCAAACUCAGGGCCCAGGUGUCAGAUGGCGGAAACAGCCCGGCCUUACAGGAAAAGAUUGAGGCUCUGCAAGCUGAGCUGCAGGCUGUGACCAAGAGCAAGACCAUGUUAGAAAAGGAGUUGCAGGAAGUGAUCAAUCUCACCUCCACAGAGCUGGAGGAUUAUCAGGAGAAGGUUAUGGAGCUGGAGGAUGAGCUCCAGGAGUCGCGCUGCUUCAAGAAGCGGAUCCGGAAGUUGGAAGACGCCAACAAGAAGCUGGCUCUUGAGCUGGAACAUGAAAAAGGGAAACUUGCCGGUUUGUCGCAGUCCCACAAUGCACUGCGGGAGCACGCUAACAUUUUGGAGUCUGCCUUGGCAAAGAGGGAGGCAGAUCUCGUCCAGCUAAACUUGCAGGUCCAAGCUGUUCUCAAGAGGAAGGAGGAGGAGGACCAACAAAUGAAGCAGUUGGUUGGAACUUUACAGCUUGCUUUGGAGAAAGAGAAAACCAAAGUGAAAGACCUGAAGGAACAGGUGGCAGCAGCAAAGGCGGAGGCAGCCCAUAAUAGACGGCACUACAGGGCAGCCAUGCUGGAGCUGUCUGAGAUCAAGAAGGACUUGCAGGCCAAAGAGGACCUGGUUAAAGCUCUGCACAGCGAGGCUCAGAAAUUACAGGCUCAGGACGACCAGCACGCUCAGGAUGUCUCCAGGUUCCAACAGGAGCUUGCUGAGGCUCAUUCUCAGCUCCAGAUCCUACGAAAACAGCUUGAUGAGGAACUAUCGAAGCAGCCCCUCACCAACCAGGAGGUUGAGGACCUGAAGUGGGAGGUGGAGCAGAGACAGAGGGAGAUUGAAGCCCAGAAGCAGCAGCUAGAGAUGAUGGAGCAGUGCCAGCACAGAGAGCUGGACAACUUGCAGGUCGCUCUGCAGAACAUCAAGGUGGAGCUGGACACUGUGCAGGAAGAGCUGAGCAGCACCAGAAAGGACAAGUUCAUGCUGCAGGCCAAAGUGGGUGAGCUGAGAAACAGCAUGAAGACCGUCCUCCUGCAGAACCAGCAACUCAAACAGGACCUCAAGCAGAGUCGUCUCAGGAAGCAGCGCAUGGAGUUGAAGAGUGAGGGGAGCCCCUCAAACCCAGUAACCCCAGUUAAGAUCCCAGACUGCCCGGUUCCUGCUUCACUGCUUGAUGAACUAUUGAAGCCGUCAACGUCUGUAAACAAGGAACCCCUGAACAACCUGCACAACUGUCUGCGACAACUCAAGGAGGAGAUGGACAGCCUGCAGAGGCAGAUGGAGGAGCACACAGUCACUGUACACGAAUCCAUGAACUCAUGGACAAACGCCGAGGAGGGACUGGCUCAACUGGGAUUUCUAAACAAUAUCUCCAACUCGCCAAGCACUGUAAAGCGUGUCGUGGAAAACAAUAAUGAAGCAGAACAGCAGCAAUCAUAACUACAGAACCUUUUUCAGAGGAAGUGGGGAGUAUUAUCCACCAAGGCACUUUUGAACCCCUUUAACCCCUUUCUCUUAAAUUGCUGCCAACAUUUGGCAUUCCUCCCAUCAGCACACUUGUGCUUUUACAUAAUAAUACUUUCUAUACCAUAGCUUUAUUCUAUUGUUUUUAUUUUGUGGGUUAAAUUUGUGUUAUACAUUUGUCACAUUUAUUUAUUUAAAUUGAAUGAAUUUGAAUGUUUGAAAUUAACCUUAUCCUUAUGAGGAUCCCCCCCAUCUUCGGUUUUGUUCUAAUUGUUUCAGAAAUGGUGUUAAGGUUUUCUCACAAAUUAGCAGUUCACUAGAUUCCAGUAAGUCCCCCUCCUUGUAAAAAUCGGUUUCAUUAAUGCCGUUUAACGAAGAAACCAUCGUUUUUAAAGUGUUGUUGACGACAAACUACAAGCUGUUCUUCCAUUUACUCGUGCCUGUUUACUUGUGAUGUUGCACAUCUAUUGUUUUCCUGAAAUUGUUCUGCAUUGCUGAUUUGUAAUGAAACUGUAUCACUCCUGUUCGUAAAUAUGUCAUGUACAGUUAAGCUCAGAUAUGUUUCGAUUUCCUCUUCUUAAAAUGGAGCAUUUGUUUGUCAGGUAAUCAUAUCAUCCUUAAUUUCUGAACUGUAAAAAAUGUUUCUCAGUUAUGUCUGCCUAACAUAGACUGCGGUAAUUUGUAUGCAAAAAAAAAAAAAGGCCUUAAGCAAUGUUCGAAAUGCUGUAUGGGACUAAGUUUUGUGGAAGGAGUGUUUUUUUUGUUUUUUUUCUUUGUUUGUUUUUUUCUUCUUCUCUCUCUCUGGUCAAGGUGUGUGCAAAAUGAGAUGUUAUUGUAUAGGUGAACUAAUUCCUUGCUGAAGAGCUGUUUAUUGUAAGUAAAACACACAAAGUGACAUUGCACACUAGAUGAUUAAAACUCAACUGACAAAAGACAAGCUGUAAAAAUGAAACGAAGUUACAUCUAAUAACCGGAGGUGCAAUUGCUUGUUUAUUUUUGAUUGUUACAUUUGGUACUUAGCAAAAAACAAAUGGGAUUUACCAAAAGAUGUUGAAACUGUUGUUUCUGGGGUUAUGGGAGUGCACUGGUUUUUCAGAGGCUAAUGUAUAAAUACAUGUCCUUUUUGUAAUUUUGUUGGGACAAAAAUCUAAUUCAUAAACGAUCUGAUGGUAAAUCAACUAGGAUUUCAAUAUUGUAAUUGCAUCUGCAUGCAGUUGUGCUGCAGCCCUCCUGUUUCUGGACUACUACGAUCUGUCAUAUGCCGAUGUAUUCUUGUAAAGUAUAAAAGGGACAAAUAAUAUUAAAUCUAUGCCUAUUUGGGGUAUUAAUAGCAAAUGUACUCAGACUAUACCAUAAAAUUAUUUUGGACUGUUUGCAUACUUAUCCUGGUUGUGUUUUCCCCCCCAAAGACUAGAAUUGUUCCUGAUUAAGAAUUUGUGUUGGAAAAAUGUCAUUGCAUUCAUGAUAAAGAAAAUUGCACUAUUUAA